UUGCUAUAUUGCCUCUUUGAUGUGAGUAAGUAGACAAACACCUAUCAUAUCCGAAGAAAUUGCAGGCAUCAAACAAGGCCGUGGUGAAAGAUCUUUGUAUGCCCAUUAAUUGUUUGCAAUAUUGCCUCUUUGAUAUGAGUAGUAGACAAAACCCCUAUCGGAAGAAACCGCAGGCAUCAAACAAGCCUGUGGUGAAAGAUCUUUGUAUGCCCAUUAGUUGUUUGAUAUAUUGCCUCUUCGAUGUCCGGUAAAGAGGCUCAACGUUCUUCCAAAUAAUUCGGGUAUAUCCUUUGACACGUAGAGGUCAGUUCAAGAGUAAUUGAAAUUGACUCAUCUUGAGUUGAACCCAAAUGUUACACUCGGGUCAACCAAGCCGAUGAUUUAACCUAACAUCCACCCAAAUCCCUCCCACGCGACCGCUGGCGAAGGAAACCUAGCUAUCCUUCGUCUGCUCGUCUGCGUCCCUGCCGCCGCCUCAGAAACGCUUCCCGGAGAAGCCGUCGCCCUUCAGCAAUGCCGAUGGGCAGGACAAAAAAGCAGGGUGUCUUACGAGCCAACCAAGCAAUAUAUCAAGGGGCAACACUUCGUGAGGAGAACACUGGUGUAAAACAAGUGGACGUGAGUUCUAUCUUGAGGAUGCAGCAUCUUCAGCGUUUGGCAACAUGGGCUAGUAAAGAAGCUAGAGUGGCUCCUCUUGCUGCAUUUUUGGGAGAACGGUUGGCUUCUAAGGCAGAAGCUUCAGGGAUUCCUCUGGACCCAUCAACUCUUCUUUGUGAGAGAUGUGAAACCAUCUUGCAGCCUGGGAACAGCUGCAGUGUACGAAUAGAAAAAGUUACCAACAAGAGAAGACGACGGGUUAAUAAGUCACGAUUUCCCCGACAGAACAAUGUAAUCUACACAUGCCAUUUCUGUUCUCACCGUAACCUAAAACCAGGCACUGCAAAAGGCCAUGUCCAUGCUCUAUUGGAUGCACAUCCAGGUCAUACCUCUUCAAGAUCAAAUUCCUAUGGCCCCAUGAGUGAGAUAAAAGGCGACUCUGGUGUGGCCACCAAGGUGCUUCAACAUGAUGCUGCAGCAGGAUCUGUUGAACCAGAACUCAACUCUGAGUUGAACUCUAGCGGUCCUGAUACUAAUGCUGCAGCUGGAUCUGUUGCUACUAAGAGCCCAGUUACUCCACUAAUGAAGCUGAUCAAUAAAUCCAACAAGAAGAGGAAGAAGGCUAAUGACUCGACAACCAACAACAGUUUGGCGACUGCUGAUUCGGGACGAGCGAUUGGAGGCUCUAGCAAGCGGCGAAGAAAAGGAUGGUCUAGCUUGAAGGAGAUCGUUGAGAGUAGCGAGUCAAAGAACGACAGAAGUAUUAGUAAUCUUGCUAUUCCAUUUCUUCUCGCUUAAUCGGUGCUGCUCUCUAACGAUUCUUUAAUCAAACAAGCAAGAAAAACAAUUAAAAUGUAGAUAUGCUGUCAGUCUCUUGUAUAUAGCUUCUAAAUGUAGACAAGCAAGAAAAUCAUUCUGACAUCCCAUCAGAGAUUUGUAACAUGUUUUCUAACUGCAGCUUUCUUUUUCUCAAUCUCUUGUAUAUAGUUUAUAAUUCUAAGAACACUUGGUUUUUUCCUA